AUGUUUAAGGAAUAAGUUUCUAAACCUCCUGUAAAAAUUAAGUCUAUUUUUCAAUUUACUUAUUGGUAUGGCAGGUUAUUGCCUUUGAUAUUUUUUCAAGAAUAAUUGGAUUUAAAAUUCACACCUCUUUAUAUAGUCUAAAGAAGUACAUCUUCAAAUGUUGAUUAGGUACUUUAUGGGAUGUUUAUACAGGAUAAUAAAAAGCCAAAUUAAAUGGUCAUAGUGAUUAGGUAAAUUCAGUUUGUUUCUCACCUGAUGGUAUUAGAUUAGCAUCUGGUUGUAAUGAUAACUCUAUAUGUUUAUGGAUAGUUACAAAGAUUAUUUUAUCAAACGUUUAAACCUAAAAUAAUCUAAUAGAAUUUAGUAUUUAUUAAUUAUUAUUUUUAGCAAACUCAUAUAUGACCAUUCUUCGCAUAUCCAAAUCCCUUGUGUUUCUAUCAUAAAAUACUCUCGUACUUAAAGGGAAAUUCGUCAAUCAUUAAGGAGUAGAUUUAAGAUAAUUAUUGAUAUCAAAAGGCAGUACCUUUUUAGUGAACGAUAAAGAAAAAUUAUAAAAGAAUAAAUGA